AUGCGUCCCCGAUUAAAUACUGCGUCUAUAUCACCCCCCGCAUUCGUCCACGAAUUCAGUGCGGGGUCUUGUUUAGCUACAACUACCGACGAAAACUUUGGCAAAACUGAAAAUGCUCCUGAAGAAUGUUUUGGUGAGGUAAAUCAAAUAAAAAAAUCACUACCCUUAUGUAGUGAAUCAAUUAGCUCUAUCAGAGAAGUUGAAGGUGAUUCUAUGGAUUUGGAGGCACAAGAUGAAUUGGGCACUCAAAAACUACGUUCUCCACCGAUUGACAUGUUGACUCACAAGCAUGUUGUAAGGUCUGUUGAAGAACUUGAAGAUUAUUCAGCUCCUUGUGAAGUAGACACGGCCGAAUCUUCUGAGAAGACAUAUCAACUUGAAGGUCGAAGAAUUCUCAAUUUAAAAACAUUUUAUUUAAAAUUACAAGAGGUAUCUUCGCAUGGACCUUUCAAUUGUGGUCUCGGUAGCGUGGAAAUUGUUUCUGAAAAACAAACUGGUUAUCAAUCAACUUUUACGCUUCAAUGCAAAUUAUGCAACAUGAAAUUUUUUAUCUCCAGCGAUGAAGGUAGUGAAAUGAACAUCAACAAUUGUGCAGUUUUAGGGACAGUGGCAAUUGGUUGUGGUCAUUCACAACUCCAAGAGCUAUCUGCCUCUUUAGAUUUACCUUCAAUAUCUUUCAACAUGUACCAAAAAUGCCAUGAAAACAUAUCGAAUAUGUGGGAAGGAAUUUCACUAAAAACAAUGACCGAUGCCGCGAAAGAAGAACGAGAGUUUGCCUUACUGCAAGGUCGUAUAGAUGAAAAUGGUGUUCCUAUUGUUGACAUAAUUGUCGACGGUUGUUGGAGUAAACGCAGCUAUAGAAAAAAUUACUCUGCGUUAUCAGGAGCAACAGUCAUUAUUGAAAAAAAAACAGGGAAGAUUCUGUUCAUCGGUAUUAAAAAUAAGUACUGUUGUAUUUGCACACAGGCAGAGUAUAAAAAAGUGUUGCCUCGUGAACAUAAAUGUUUUAAAAAUUAUACAGGUACUUCAACAGGAAUGGAGUCAUCUAUACUUGUUGAAGGAUUUAAAUGUUCCAUUGACAUGCACGAGCUGAUUUAUGGAAGGAUGAUAAGUGAUGGAGAUUCCGCCACAUAUUCCAAAAUCAUUGAAACUCGUCCAUACUGCAAUACAACAGUACAAAAAAUCGAGUGCAAAAAUCACAUAAUGCGAAAUUUAUGUAAUAAGCUAUCACAAUUGAAAACUGACACCAAGUACCUACCCUCUGCGUUAUAG